AUGCCAGCUUCUACUGAGGCCGCGCUGCCCUAUCACGAGCCGGACAUCAUCACAAUCCUCGUUCUAGUCUCUUUCGUUCUUCUACUCAAUUUCGUCAAUCACCUCGUCAACCAUGUCCUGUACUGCGGACUUCUAGCCCAGAUUUUACUAGGAAUUGCAUGGGGCACGCCAGGAGGUAAAUGGCUUGGCCACGAUCUUGAGCAAGCCAUCGUCGACCUCGGCUACCUUGGACUCAUCCUAAUCGUAUACGAAGGAGGCUUGCUCACGUCUUUCAAGGCCUUGAAGGACAAUUUACUCCUUUCUAUCGGAGUCGCUACUACUGGUAUAUGCGUACCAAUAGCACUCAGCUAUGCUUUACUUUCCCUCGUUGGCGCAACUGCCUUGCAGGCUUUCGCCGCAGGAGCAGCCUUAUGCUCUACCAGCCUUGGCACAACAUUCUCGGUUCUGUCUGCCAGUGGUCUAUCGACUACACGAAUGGGCGUGGUUCUGACUUCUGCGGCAAUGAUGGAUGAUGUCGUAGGACUCGUCAUGGUUCAGGUCAUAUCGAACUUGGGGAUCGCAACGAGUCAUUUCAGCGUUGUGACUGUGCUAAGACCUAUCCUUGUGUCCCUAGGCUUGGUACUGGUUAUGCUACUUGCAGCUCGUUUUGUUGCUAUGCCAGUCACGAUCUGGUUCAAUGAAUUGCGGACCAGCCAGCCUGAAGGAAAGCUAGGCCGCCUGCUUAGUUCAAGGGUACUACCUCUGGGUGUCCAUAUCGCCGUUUUGAUCGGGGCUCUGACAGCUGCAAUCUAUGCCGGCACGUCAGGGCUAUUUGCUGCAUACCUCGCCGGUGCUACAAUCACCUGGUGGGACGAUCAUGUACCGCAUCCACUAUGUCCGCCCGUCGUCAGCGCACCCCCGGCCGAGAUCCUGUCUUCUGGACGAGGCUCUGGUCAUGCUCACGAGUCUUCUGGCACCAUGGCCACAUCACAAAGUGCCAUCCAAGGCCAACAAAAGACAAGAUCCACGGGCGCAGAUGUUUUCGAACAAGUCUUGGCCCAGCCGUUGCGGAGAAUCCUAAGCCCAUUCUUCUUUGCAUCGAUCGGCUUCUCUAUCCCCGUCUCGCGGAUGUUUGCAGCAGAUACUGUGUGGAAAGGUAUAGUAUACACAACGCUAAUGUUCGUUGGGAAAUUGGUAUGCGGACUCUGGCUGGUUCGCUUCUCUGGGCUGGCUGGCACGUUGCGAAUGCCUCGGCCCAAAUAUCUAGGAUCUCCUCUGUCCCACAGUACUGCCGCAGUCUCGUCUGCAGCGCCGAAUCGCAAUGAAGCUUCUCCACCGGGGCCGGCUGAGACGUCUGAAUCGGUACCUGACCCAAACGAUGCCUCCAAGGAAGGCGUGUCCCCACAACAAAACGACGCCAGCCCCACGUCCAAGUCGCAGGAUAACAAGGUUCUUAAUGAGAAGCAGAAAACUCUCCAGGCAUCUCCGGUGAAACCACUAUCACUCUAUCCCGGAUGUGUACUUGGAUGUGCUAUGGUCGCCCGUGGCGAGAUCGGCUUCCUUAUUUCGGCGAUUGCAGAAAGCAACGGAAUUUACGGCGACGAGCCCAACGGUCCCAUCUUUCUGGUCGUCACAUGGGCGAUCAUGCUCUGCACUUUCAUUGGGCCUCUUCUGGUCGGUGCUUUGGUCAAGAGAAUCCAACAUCUUGAUAAUCAUUCUGGCGGUGCCAGAUCGGAAGUACUUGGAGUAUGGGGCGUUACUUAA